AUGGCUGCUCUCAAUCGCCCCUCAGGCAACAACUACAACAACAACAACAACAACAACAACAACCAGAGCAGGAGCAACAACAACUCUUCUUUUCCUUCUUCCUCUCCCCCCAACAUCCCUUCCCGCUUCUCUUCUUACCAACCUCCAGCACUUCGCACCGACAUAAACCCUUUCGGAGGACAGCAACCCCUUUCACCCACUCAACCACUCUCACCAACACAACCCCUAUCGCCCUCCUACCCUUAUCCUCACCAGCAACAGCAACAGCAGUUCCAGCCUCAAGGGCAGUAUCAGCCUCGAUCUCAAUAUCAGCCCCAGUCGCAGUACCAGCCUCAAUCGCAGUACCGCCAACCCCCACCACAGCAACAACAACAACAACAACAGAACUCUCAGUUCCAUCGUUCCCAGAGUCCACCCGCUGCAUACAAUCGUGCCCAGAGUCCACCCGCUGCUUACAACCGUGCCAUAAGUCCACCUGCUGCUUACAACCGUGCCAUAAGUCCACCCGCUGCUUACAACCGUGCCAUAAGCCCACCUCGCCAGCAGCAACAGCAGCAGUUGUUCAACCAUCGUUCCCAGAGUCCACCUCGCGCCGACUUCAGGAAUAACAACAACAACAACGCGGCUCCAGUUCAACCACCAAGUUUAGCGUCCGCCUUCAGCACUAACAACAACAACAACAGAUCCUACCCACCAGUCCCGGGCCCUCCUUCCCCACCCACCCACCAACAGUACCAGCCAAACUACCAAGCCGCUUCAGCGCAAUCACCGUUCACCAAGUUGGCAGGCCCUGUACCAUCCCCUAACCACCCUCUGGCCGUUGAGGAGCUUCAUUUGAACCCACCCCAGCGUAGCUUUGUAGCGGUCGAAGGCCCCGAUCGUCCCCUCUCUGUCGCCUCCUUCUCCAACCUUUCGACCCACUCCAACGAGCCCCUCAACCCUCCCAGACACCAACAAUCCCAACUCGAGGAUCGAUCUCGAUCGCGCACAAAGAAGCAGCUCCCGACAAAGAAGAUGACUUACCGUGGAAACAAUAAUGCGACUGAGUCUGGACCUCGGCCCAUGACUCCACAGCUCUGGCACCCCGAUAAUGAUAACAACCAUCGCCGUUCGACUGACUCGGAUUCGGGGCUGGACGAAAUCGAUGACGAUGACCGUCGCCGAAACAAGGAGGCUGCGGAAGGGGAUGACGAUCAACCCAAGCUGAAGAAGAAGCGCAAGAACCUCGCUGCGCGCAUCCGAUCCUGGCGCAAGCCCGAUCCAGUCUUUAAGGUCAAGGGUACCGGUCGUCUGGCCCAGUUCUCGAACGAGCGUCUUUACCUGCACUGGAUCCGGUUCGGUAUCCUCCAGGGUGGUAUUGCAGUCAUGUUGUUGAACUUUGGUAACGAACUUGCGGGGACAAUUGGAGUCCUCACGCUGGUCUUGGCCCUGUUAACGCUGCUGUAUGGAACAACGUUGUACCAUUUGCGUCACAUUUACAUGGUCACCAAGCGCAAGGAUGUCGUUUAUUUCACAAGGAAGGUUCCUACCCUGCUCACCAUUGGUCUUUUCUCCGUCUAUCUUGCCAACUUUAUCCUGACGCUAACGAUCGGAGAUGACAUGGAACGCAAGAACCCAUAUUCCAGCUCCAAUUAA